CCAGAGAAAGUCUGAAGCUUCAGGGAUCCUAUGUUAGGAACCAUCUCACUUUUAGAAGACGUGGAAUUCCAGUUUUACGUGCCAUCUGCUGGUCCGUGCUCUGAAUAUCUGGAGGAACUAAACUUCAACUGACCAAACGACACCAUGGCUAACUGCGACUUGAUGGAUGACAAGAACUCUGUGGAUAUUCAUGACGACCCCCCUCCCCCCAAUAAUGUGAUGAAAGAGGACGACAACACGGUGUAUUUCAUAUAUGAUGAGGAAGUAGAGGUGGAAGAAAAAGAGGAACUUCCUGUAGAACCAGUGAGACCAGUCAACGACAGCGCUCACAAGUUUAAGGACCAUUACUGCAAGAAGCCAAAGUUCUGUGACGUCUGCGCUCGCAUGAUAGUUUUAAACAACAAGUUUGCAUUGCGAUGUAAGAACUGCAAAACCAACAUCCACCACCAGUGUCAGUCCUAUGUAGAGUACCAGAAGUGUUUUGGCAAAAUUCCUCCAGGAUUCAGGAGAGCGUACAGUUCUCCUCUGUACAGCACUCAGCAGAAUGCCACCGUCUCACAGCUGCUGCCCUUUUCACAGUCAAACCGCACUGACCCAGUGUUUGAGACGAUGCGUAUCGGUGUGAUCAUGGCCAACAAGGAGCGUAAAAAAGGGUCAGAUGAGAAGAAGAAUAUGAUGAUGGAGGAGGAUGAUGAGUCCCAGCCAAAACAGGAGGGUGAAGAAGGGGAAGAAGCAAACACAGAAGGAGACAAGGCUCCAGUAGAUGACAAGAGUAAAAAGCUCAAUGCAGGGAAGAUGGGCGUGUUCAGUACGGCUCACUACUACAUGGCUCUGUACCGCUUCAAAGCCAUAGAGAAGGAUGAUCUGGACGUUCAUGCUGGUGACUGCAUCACAGUGAUAGAUGACUCCAAUGAGGAAUGGUGGAAGGGGAAGAUCAGAGAGAGAACCGGCUUCUUCCCGGCCAACUACAUCAUCCGAGUGCGAGCAGGAGAGGGGGUCUACACUGUCACUCGCUCCUUUGUCUGCAACAAGGAGAGGGGCCAAAUCACUCUGAAGAAAGACCAGAUGAUGAGUUGCCUGGUCACACCUCCUUCCCACUCUGUUGUCUGUCAAAGGAAAAAGGGAGCAGCGUGGCCCGAGCAGGUAGCGCUGCCAGGCUUCAGCAGCCCUCUGAUAGGACAACAGGGCACCCCUUCAGACACGGGUCACCUCCUCCUGGGAAACAGCCUCUGCUUCAUGUGGCUGAGGACCCAUGGUAACCGCGUUGGAAGAUAUCACAGCUGCCAUGUUGUCAUCCCCGACCCCCUGACCCUGCCACUCUAG